AUGUCUUCCAUUUCUGGACUCGAGGCGCUUGAAUGCGACUUCUCCAUCCCAAACGAUGGCACCGUAAAACUAUCUCGCUGGUCUGAUACACAAAUCGAUAGUCCGGCUCUCACAAUCACUCCCAAAAUAGAGUCCGAUAUCCAGACGGCUAUUCAAAUCGCAAAAGAUAAUGAUAUCACUAUCCUCGCUGCCGGCGGUGUCCAUGGGACGUUUGUCACAGUGGGUGCUUCAACGUUGUAUUUGGAUAUGAAGAACUUCAAGACCAUCGAACUAAACAAGGACAACGAAACUGUCCGAGUAGGCGGUGGUGUCACUACAGGCGAAGUGAUCAAGGCGCUGGCUGAGGAGGGCUACUACACUCCUGUUCCCAACUCCGACGCCGUUGGCUUUGUGGGAUGUAUUCUUGGUGGCGGAAAUGGUGUCCUCAGCGGUCUUCACGGAUGGAUGGUUGACAACGUCGUUUCAUUUCGCAUCAUAACUGCCGACGGCAUUAUCACCAAUGUCAGUUCAGAUUCACAGGGCGAAGAGUUAGAGCUAUUCAACACCCUUUGUGGCGCAGGCCAUGGCCUAGGUGUCAUAACAGAAGUGACAGUCUCCAUCUUCCCCAUCGCAAAACUCAACAUGGAGAACAACAAGAUCUGGACCCGAACAUUCAUCUUCCCCGCCUUGGAAAUCGACAUCGCUAUCAAGACAUUCCUCGAUUUACAACAUCCUUCUACUGAGGGUUUUGCGAGUAUGGUUUUCGCACGGAACGCUCAUGGCGCUCCCAUCAUCGUCCUUGGGUAUACAUUCUUCGGUCCAGCUGACAAGGCCGAGAAAGAUGCAGCUGCUCUGUUUGAGAAGGCUAUUGCCAACAAGGUUAUUGUGGGCGCGACGGAGUAUUUGCCCUUUGAGAGCUUGAAUGCUAAGAAUGAGAUUUAUAAUUCUCAUGGUGGUCACAAGGCAAUUGCUUCAUGUCGUCUCACGAAGACAACAUCCUCUGUCCUCAAGACCAGCUUUGACCUUUGGUGCACAGCGACACAAGACAAUCCCGAUGCUUCUCAAACCCCGCUAAUAAUGUCUGCCUUCAACACGGCCAAGAGCGAAACCUUCACCACUUCCUCUGUAGAAGCCCGUGACAGACCACUCAACGCAUUCGCGCCAGUGCUCGCAAAGACGGAAGAAGGGAACAAAGCGUUCAUGCAAGCUUUAGACAAGAUUAUAGCGGGCUUGAGAGAAGCGGAUGAGGGUGUUGAGGCUAGAAGCUUUGCGAAUAAUUGGAGGUUUGAGACUGAUAUUGGAGAGAUGUUUAGUGAGAAGGUGUUUGAGAGAGUGAAGAGGGUCAAGGAGACGUGGGAUGAGAAGGGCGUGUUUUGGUCGCCUUAUUUUAAGAACAAGAGUACUUGA